AUGACGGAGAAUGUGGAAGCGCUCAAAGAACUUUAUUUAACCGGUUCAGUGGUUCUUAUGAAAUUGAAGGAGGGACAGCUGCCCAGUGGUGAUCAACUCUCGCAGUACCACAUUUCAUGCCAAAACGAUGAGGAGCGCUUCGCCAUCUUCUUGGCUUUAUUGAAACUGAAACUGCUCAUUGGCAAAUCGAUUAUUUUUGUCAAAGAUACGGAUCGCUGCUACAAGCUUGGAUUGUUCCUGCAAGCAUUCGGUAUUCGUUCUUGCAUUCUCAAUGCCCAGAUGCCUGUGAACAGUCGUUGUCAUGUAGUGGACGAAUUCAACGAGGGGCGCUAUUCGUAUGUAAUUGCUUCCGAUAUAAAUGAUGUUUCGGGGCAAAGUCACGGAAUGAUCAAAAAUGAAGGAGAUGAGCAAAAAACAUUCGAAUGCAAGAAAAAAUUGCUGAGGAAGAAACGGAAAUAUAUGGAUAAAGAAUCAGGGGUUGCUCGUGGCAUUGACUUUCAUCAUGUUGCAAAUGUUAUAAAUUUCGAUUUUCCAACAUCUGUAACCUCAUAUAUACAUCGCGUUGGCAGGACAGCAAGAGGAUGGAGUAAAGGUAACGCCCUGUCGUUUGCAUCACCAAAUGAAAAGCCGUAUUUGGAAGAAGUUCAGGAGGAAAUAAACGCCCAACUUGGUCAUCGCGCAAUUGUCCCCUAUGAAAUUCGCAUCAAAGAACUCGAUUCGUUUCUGCUUAGAGCUCGAGUAUGGCGCUUUUUUCGGGAUUUUUCAUUUUCAUGUGCAAAACGAGCUAAAAUUGGGUUAAAACAUUGCAUUGAAGGUGCCUAG